AUGAAGAGGUGACAGAUUUAGAUUUUGAGGUUAUUUUUCCGUGUGAAUAUUUUUAAAAUACAAGGGUCUAAUAGAUUCCUGUAUUCCACAGAAAAAGUUGCUUAUAAAACAUUACAAUGUCAGUCAAGAAGAAGAGCUUAAAAAUGAAAGAAAUAAAGGUUUCUCUUGGAAAAGAAAUAAAGUUUCUUAAAAAUGUAUUUUCAGUGUUAAACAUUCCCAUGCAUUCAAGAGUUGAAAAUGAUAACCUUGAUAUUGAGAUAAUACAUGAACCUAAAGAUGAAAAUAAAGAAGUGCGUAAGAGAGCUCGUAACAUAACGGAGCUGGAGGAAAAAUUACAGAAGCUCAAGACACAGAACAACUUCAGCUUCAAAAACAAAUUGGUAAAAAAGAGCUUGAGCAGUAAAUUAAAUAAGAAAAUAAAAAAAAGAGAACGGCUCAACAAAAACCAAACAAAUGCACAGGAAAAAAUUGACAAAGCAAAUCAUAGUCAGAUUAAGACAGAAGAGGUUGAGAAGAAAAAUGUUAAUGUUGCUAAACCAGUGUUUAAUACAGAUGGGAAAUUGGUGUUUUCUAAAUUUGACUUUGCAAAUAUUGGUCAUAAAGCUAAAGUUCAAAAAUCACAGAAAGACCCCAAAAAAAUACUUGACAAUUUGAAGGAACAAGAGCAAAAAAUUCGAGAACUAGAAGAGUCUGGAAAUAGCAAAGCAAAAGAAUUAAAAGAAAAAAUUGCAUGGAAAAAUGUUCUUCAAAAAGCUGAAGGCCAAAAAGUCAAAGAUGAUCCUAAUCUCUUGAAGAAGUCUAUUAAAAAAAUGGAACAAAAGAAGAAGCAAAGUAAAAAGAAAUGGGAAAAUAGGAUUCAAAGUGUUGAACAAAAGAAAAUGGAAAGUCAGAAGAAACGAAAAGAGAAUAUAAGUAAAAAGAAGAAAGAAAAGAAGUCGAAAAUAGUGAAGGCAGCCGUCAAGAGAGGGCGUGUUGUUUUGUAACAUGACUAUGAUUGUAAAAAUAUAUGAAAUUUUAUGUUUGUAA